AUGAAGAAACCAACUUCCUUAGACCGGAAUGAAAAGCUCAUGAAGAAACCAAAUUCCCUAAACCAGAAUGAACAGCUCAUGAAGAAACCAAAUUCCCUAAACCAGGAAGAAAAACUCACGAGGAAAGCAAAUUCCUUUAAGCGGAACGAAAAGUUCAUGAAGAAACGAAAUUCCCUAAACCGGAACGAAAAUCUCAUGAAGAAACCAAUUUCUCUAAACGAGAACGAAAAGCUCAUGAAGAAACCAACUUCCUUAAACCGGAACGAAAAGCUCAUGAAGAAACCAACUUCCUUAAACCGGAACGAAAAGGUCAUGAAGAAAAAAAAUUUCCAUAAACCGGAACGAAAAGGUCAUGAAGAAACUAACUUCCUUAAACCAGAACGAAUAGCCCAUGAAGAAACCAAAUUCCCUAAACCAGGACGAAAAGCUCACGAGCAAAGCAAAUUCCUUAAACCGGACUAA